AUGGAGACAACACAAGUUAUCUGUGCAAGCACGUCUUGCCACUUUAUUUUUUACCUCAUUUUUUUCUAUAUUGUGGGGUUGCAAUGCCGGCCUUUAAGCCCGAGACGUACGGGUAAAUUCCGUCAGAGCGUUACAGCGAGGCCUCGAUGCAAACACCACGGCCUCUCCGGCUACCCUGGGGCGCUGCUGCGGUUGGAUGCUGAUAACUAUGAGACUGAUCUAUGCUUGAAAGAGAUUAGGAGAGCAGAAAAUUAUUCUUGGAUGGAUAUAGUGACCAUACACAAAGACAAGCUUCCAAAUUAUGAGGAAAAGAUAAAGACAUUUUAUGAAGAACAUUUACACCUCGAUGAUGAAAUUCGCUACAUCUUGGAGGGAUCUGGCUAUUUUGAUGUUCGAGACAAGGAUGACAAAUGGAUUCGGAUUUUCAUGGAAAAAGGAGACAUGAUAACCCUCCCUGCUGGCAUAUAUCACCGAUUUACACUGGAUGAGAACAAUUAUGUGAAGGCAAUGAGGCUGUUUGUUGGAGAACCCGUCUGGACGGCGUACAACAGGCCGGCUGAUGAUUUUCCUGCUCGGAAACAGUACAUGAAGUUUCUGGCUGAAGAAGCACAUAAUGGUGUCUGAGACCUGACAGGUGGAACAUCCCGAAACCCCGUCAGGAUAAAUGUGCCUUGUUGCUUUUCACUGAUUAAACUUGUACUUAGGUAGGAAAUUGGAAUGACAGAAUCCUAGAAAAAUUUAGAUUAAAAGGUCAUUUGUAGGUAAUUUAGUCCAACCUUGUGAACUCCUAUGCCAGUUUUAAAGCUAGACCAAGUUGCUCAAGACCCUGCAGUUUGGAAACCUCUGGUAGUGGAGGUUCCACAGCCUGUCUGGGCGCUAGCUCCGACACUUAGCUGCUCCCAUGGCCAAGCAUUUGUUCUUCAUGACCAACUCCUUGGUUGCAGUUUGCAGUUGUCUAUUGCCCUUUCACUGCAUGUCUGAGGAGAGUCUGGCUCUGUCUCCUUCACAGUCCCUGCUCUAGUAGUUGGGUCUCCUGUGAGCCUUCUCCUCUCCAGGCUGCACAGACCAGUGCCCUUGGCUGGGCUCCCUUCUGUUCUGCCCUAGUUCUGGUGACUGAGGGAUGUCACUUGUAACCACCUAGUUUGAACCACAGACUGUUUCGAGCCCAAUGGACCUGAGGUUCUUUAUCCAUUCAGUAGUUUGUGUCCUCAGCCAGGCUACAAGGUUGCUGUGGGACACACUAAGUGAAAGCCUUGCUGGAGUCAAGGUAAAUGGCACCUAUGGUGUCCCCUCUGGUACAGAGCCAUUGCCCCUGGCAGUCAGCAUCAAGCAGAAUGUGCUCUUGGUGAAUUGGCGUUGACUGCUCUCCAUCACCUGGCAUUUCUUGUGCCUGGAUUAUUCUGUAACAUUCCUGGGGACUGAAGUGGGGCUGAGCAGCCUACAGUUCCCUGGAUCUUUUGUGCCUUUUUGAAGGUGGCAGUAUUAUUUGCCUUUUCCUGCUCAAAAAGGUUUUCCUGAUCUCUGUGACCUUUCAAAGAUGCCAGCAGCCUUGCAGUAGCAGGUUGCAUUUACAAUUGUUCAAGAAUCCAUUUUCUAAUCUUUUUUUCCUUGGUAUUUCUGGCAGGUAGAAUUGUGAGAGGUGGGCUACAUUAAUAUUCAUUUUGCUCAGAAUUCAUGCUAAUGAACUAUGUAGGAUUCUGGUUUUAAUUAAAGAAAAUAAACCCUCCUUCAUUCUUGUCUAAAAAUGUUAAUGAGAUAAAUCUGCACAAUCGGCAUUUUAGUAUGCAGCUUUCCAAGUUCUACCCUGGUACAUAAAGCUGUGGUUUUCUCAGUAAAAUGUAGCAAAUUUGUUCUUGUGAGUUAUUAAUAAAAUUACUUUGAUCUAGGUAUGUUGA